AUCCGGAUCCGCCCAAAUCUGGCGUCACAGGCACCGACAAGAUGGCCGAGACUACGGGAUACAAGUGAGAGAGGAAACAAAAACAGUGGCGUGCGAUCCCUGGCGCGGAUGGCGGAGCUGUAGAGCUGCUGAAGACCGGUUUGUGCAGAGUGAAGAGGCUGGGUCUGGAUCUGCGGCAUGCAGACAAACGGUGUUCAGCUCGCCAGCUCGCUGACAGAACGCUCGUCUGCUCAUCUGCGUUGGCUAGUUGGCCAAUGAGCUAACCAUGCUAACUAGCUGACAACACCGUUAGCGAGCGAGAGUAUACGCGUUUACGAAGUGACAGUUGGAUAAUUGUGAAAUAAAUACUUUUUCAUCCCUUCUUCGUUUCCGUGGAGUCGCAUUUCUGCUGCAGCGUAACUUCCCCGAGUGGGAAAUUGGAGCCAAUAAACCCUCCUUGCCCGCUGGCUAGCAAGCUAACAUUGCGGAUUUCUUGUUUGCAACCUCAGAGUUAGCAUUAGCAAACGUCAGCUUGUUGGCUUGCUCAGCUGUUUUGGGUGACUGGGGGGUUGUUCUGACACAAGAAAGGUGCACCAGUCUGUGAGAGAGACAUUUUAAAAUCUUACGUGAACACAACAGAGACGUUUCUCAGUAAGUCUGUGAGAGCAGGUGUCCUAAGGAUUGUAAACACAAGUGAAGCCGAGGAGGUAUCAGCCUUGGCAGGCAGCAUCACCAUGGCCCACUCUCCCGUCCAGGGGACCCUUCCAGGGAUGCAGAAUGCCAAAGCGGACCCGGAGGAGCUGUUCACCAAGCUGGAGCGCAUUGGCAAGGGGUCUUUUGGCGAGGUGUUCAAAGGCAUCGACAAUCGCACGCAGAAGGUCGUGGCCAUCAAGAUCAUAGACCUGGAGGAAGCAGAGGACGAGAUUGAAGACAUUCAGCAGGAGAUCACAGUCUUGAGCCAGUGUGACAGCCCCUUUGUCACCAAGUACUACGGCUCAUACCUGAAGGACACAAAGUUAUGGAUCAUCAUGGAGUAUUUGGGUGGAGGCUCAGCAUUAGACUUGAUGGAGCCCGGUGCCCUUGAUGAGUUCCAGAUUGCCACCAUCCUCAGGGAGAUCCUGAAGGGGUUGGAGUAUCUGCACUCGGAGAAGAAAAUCCACAGAGACAUCAAAGCUGCCAACGUGCUGCUGUCCGAGCAAGGAGAGGUGAAGCUGGCAGACUUUGGGGUGGCCGGCCAGCUCACCGACACCCAGAUCAAACGCAACACCUUUGUUGGCACACCCUUCUGGAUGGCCCCUGAGGUCAUCAAACAGUCGGCAUAUGAUUCCAAGGCUGAUAUCUGGUCUCUAGGCAUCACAGCCAUCGAGCUGGCAAAAGGUGAACCACCUCACUCAGAGCUCCAUCCUAUGAAAGUUUUAUUCCUCAUCCCAAAGAAUAACCCGCCUACGCUCGAGGGAAACUACAGCAAACCGCUCAAGGAGUUUGUUGAGGCAUGUCUCAACAAAGAGCCCAGUUUUAGACCAACUGCCAAAGAGCUGUUGAAGCAUAAGCUGAUCAUCCGCCAUGCGAAAAAGACCUCCUACCUGACUGAACUGGUGGACAAGUACAAGAGGUGGAAGGCAGAACAGUCCAGAACGACGGAGUCCAGUUCUGAUGAGUCUGACUCAGAGCAGGAUGGACAGGCGUCGGGAGGAAACGAUUUUGGCAGCGAUGACUGGAUCUUCACCAUCCGAGAAAAGGACCCCAAGAAGCUUCAGAACGGGGAGGGUCAGUCAGGAGAUCAGACGACAGACAUUCCGAAGAGGCCUUAUUCACAGAGCCUGGCUACGGUCAUUUCUCCUGCAUUAGCUGAGCUGAAGGCGCGACAGGAGCAGGUGAAUGGAAACCCCAUGGUCCUGGAUGAGCUGAGGGAGGCCAUCCUGCUGGCGGAGGAGGCCUACCCCGGCAUAUCCGACUCCCUGGUGGCCCACAUGGUCCACAGAGUCCAGAGUUUCUCCACGAGCAGGACGUCCUCCUCCUCCUCCUCUUCUCCUUAGAAACUGACUCUCUGCCCUGGCCCUGCUCUCCCAGGUCCCCACCCCCACACUCCCCCAACACCACAGGGUUUAAUGUUUGGGGUCAACACUUUCACUACCAGCUGACCUCUUUUAACUCCUGUGGAGGGGGGGGUUGAGAUAUCCUACCCUGUAAAAAAAAAAAAGAAAAGAAAAAAAAAAGACUGAACUCCAAAGCUAAGGAUGACAGAGAAACUCUGGAGAGCUUCUUUUAGCCACUUGUGGGUUGGGGGAAAAUUUGGGAGGCAGCAGCAGACCCUUUCAUUGAUUUGGCUGUGAUGGGACAAGACUCAUGGUCAGCUUAAUCCGCUCCUUAAAAAAAAAAAACGCGACAACAGCCAAGUCAGACUGUGGGCUCAACAAGGAGCCGAAGAUCUCCUGCAAAUCCAAGACGAGACUUGAGCCCCUUCUUAAUGCAGGCUUCACAUCCCCACAACCUCUGAAAGCAUGCUUGAUGAACCUGCAGGGAUAUUAUCUUUGUGUGUAUGUGUGUGUGUGUGUGUGUGCGCGCGAGUGUGUCUCUGAGUGUGCGCGGCGUGUGUUUGUGUGUGCAUGUGUGCUCUUGCGUAUGUAAGACUCCCUGUUAAGGCAAAUUGCAGCAUUCUUAAUGAAACCUCAGGUAAAGUGCUUUAAGUGGACUUUGUCCUCCAAGGCAGAGGGACGAAGACGAGGAGGAGGAUUGGGCGGG